AAAUAUCAAAGGUUUACAACAUGGGGUUGCAAAUAUAUAGGGAUUAAAAAAUCAGAGUUUGUGACAAAGACUCAAUUGUAAGGCAACAUCAUAUAACUAAGAAUCUGAGUUUCCUGUAAGAUUGGCUUAAGAAAGUUCUUUUGUGUUAACAACUUUUGACAAAGGCCUUUCUAUAGUCCUAUCUUUCUAUAGUAUGUUGAAGCAUCACACUCACCCUUGCCCCUUUAGUAAAAGUAAAUUCAACCUAUAGGAAGCAUAAAGUCUGACCUGGGACUUUUUCAGAAAUGAAUUUUAUUUUUCUUCUCUGUGUUUUCAGCCAAGCUGUCUCAGUCAUUCAAGGAAUAAGAGACAAGGUGGAUAAUAGUCGAACUAGAAGAACCUACAGACGAAGAACAGUAGAAGUUGGAGUUUAUGUUGAUAAAUAUUUAUGGAAGACUAUGCAGCGACAAGUUAGAGGAUCUGAUCGUACUGUGGAAAGUGCUACACAUAAAAUGGUUAGAGAUCUAUUCACAGAUGCGGCAGUUUUCUUCAGAAAAAGUUCAAUGUCAAGAAAUGGAGGUUUUGAUUUAAAAGUAAACGGUGUCUGGAUAAAGAAGGACAAUUCUGAUCGUGAUUUUAGUCCAAUACAUUAUACAAAUGACCAAUCGAGACAACUUUAUAGUUUCCAGAAAUAUGCUGGAUUAAAAAACAACCCGGAUGAUAGAAGACGUGAUAGUUAUGAUAUCAAUUUCCUACUGACUGGGUCCACAAGCUCGGGUAUGAGGGGAGUUGCUUUUGCGAAUACGGUUUGCCAUCUGGAUGCUGCUGGUCUGAUGAAUCUAUAUGUGAGUGAUGGGGGUAAGUAUGAUGGAGUAGCCCCUAUAUUACUGGCUCAUGAGUUGGGACAUGUUAUGGGAGCUGGAAAGCAUGAUGGAGAGAGAGGAGAAGCUGAAAAUUGUAAAGGAAAAUAUAUUAUGACACCAAGCGUUGGAUAUGACCAUACUACAUGGAGUUAUUGCUCCAGGAAUCAGAUUGAUAGACACAUGGCUAAACUGGAGAAGGACAGGCAUACCAAGGGAAAUUGCUUUUAUGUCUAACCAUGGAUGGGCACAGCUUGAAGAAGUAGCAAUUGGAUUUCAAAUUACAAAAAUAAUUUUGUAAAGAAUGGAAGGGAAAUAUAUGACUUGCAUUUUAA